AUGUCGUCUUUUAUUGGAAAGUAUAUUGCGCGCCGGUUCUUCCAGGAAUCGGUCAACAACGCGUUCGGCACCGAGGAUCCCUACUUUGAAGAGGUCCCGAUGGAAGACAUGGCGGCCAACAAAAAUCGGAAGCAAAAGAAGCGCAGACGGCCGCCUCCGGCUGGGAUCUCGGACAACGACGCAAAGGUCCUGACGAGGGUCAAGAGGAGAUCGUAUUAUCUCGAUAUGAGUCUUGGGAUGUGCUGCUGCGGACUGGGGAUUGGAUGGAGUGCUGUUAUAGGCUUUAUACCUGGAAUCGGCGACAUCAUAGCCUGCUACCUCUCCUACCAAGUCGUGCGCCUUGCGAACCAGAUCGACGGCGGCCUGCCGACCGCGCUCUACUCGCAGAUGAUUGGCAACGUCAUGCUCGACUUUGCGUUCGGCCUUGUCCCGAUCGUCGGCGACGUCGUGAACGUGCUUUAUAAAGCUAAUAGUCGAAACUCGCUCUUACUAGAGAAGCAUCUUCGAAAGGUCGGACAGCAUAAUUUAAAGCAUGGUAACGCACCCACCCCUGCUCCUAAUCAAGCAAGGCCGCCUGCUAAUCCGAACUCUUUCCAGCGUCCGAACACGACGGCUCCAGUCGGCUCAUCGACCAAUCCGGAAUCCACUAACACCGCGCAGCCCCAAUCCUCUAGUUGGUUCGGCUGGGGAUCGGGAGACCGUGACAACGGCGGUGGGAGUAGUGGCACGAACGCGCAGCAAAGCGGAAUGCGGAAUGUUGAGGGUGGUGAUUAUGAUGUUGAGACUGGAGUGAGGCGAUAG